UGUAGCUUCGCACAACAACGGCUCUCAACGCCUUCAGGCAUCAACCAAAAUAACCCCCGUCUGUCUCUGUGGAGGAUGAUUUCUUGGACGCUCUCCGCGCUUUUGGCAGGCGCCGCUGCUCUCUGGGUCUUCCAGAGGAUGUUCUAUCCUUACUUUUGGGACGACCUGAUUUAUUACUUACAGCUUCGGAAGGUCAGGAAGGCGACCAUGGCGAGGAUGAGGCAGGGGGUCAUCACUUACCUCGACCGCUUCGUCCACCAGGCGGGGAGCAGCCCCGGAAAGCCCUUCAUCGUCUUUGAGGACCGAGUCUUCACGUACGGGGACGUGGACGUGCGGAGCAACAAGUUCGCCAACGUCUUCAGGGCUGAGGCGGGUUUCGGACAUGGUGACAUCGUGGCGGUGUGGAUGAGCAACGAGCCGGACUUCGUGUGCGUUUGGUUCGGGCUGUGCAAGCUGGGCUGCGAGGUCGCCUUCCUCAACUCCAACAUCAGACCCAAAGCGCUCCAGCACUGCUUUCAGACCUGCGGAGCCAAGGCUCUCGUCGUGGGCGCAGAUUUAAUCAAGUGUCUGGAUGAUAUCCUGCCAGCCCUCUCAGACAAUGCGAUUGAUGUGUGGGUGAUGGCUGAAAGCUCAUCAUAUCAGAAUGUCAGCACAUUACUGGACAAAGUAGAGCUGGCCUCGGUGGAGAAGCCACAAAUAGACAUGCCCCCGCCAAACCUUACGUCCACCUUCCUGUUUAUCUUUACUUCAGGCACCACAGGGCUUCCGAAAGCUGCUCGGGUCAGUCAUAUGAAAGCAGUGAUGAGUAUGUCCUUCCUCCGCCUAUGUGGGGCCAAUGAAAACGAUAACCUCUAUCUCACUCUGCCACUUUACCACAUGGCAGCCUCUCUGCUGGGUCUUGGUGGAUGCAUUGAUCUAGGAGCAACUUGUGUGUUGAAGAAGAAAUUUUCUGCGAGCCAGUUCUGGAAGGACUGCAUCAAGUACGAUGUAACAGUGUUCCAGUACAUUGGAGAGCUCUGUCGAUACUUGGUGAAUCAACCCAAGAGUGCAGAGGAGACGGCACAUAAAGUGCGCAUUGCUGUAGGGAGUGGUCUUAGAGCAGACGUCUGGAAGGAGUUUUCGAGACGCUUCAGGAAAAUCCAGAUUCGCGAGGGAUACGGUUUGACUGAAGCCAGCAUUGGCUUUCUUAACUACACCGCUGAAAUCGGACCCAUUGGGCGAGCCAGUUAUUUCAAUAAGAAUUCUAUACCUUUCGAAUUUUUAAAAUGCAACCUAGACACAUACGAGCCAAUCCGAACAGAGACAGGACGCUGCGUAAAAGUCAACAAAGGUGAAAUAGGCUUGCUGGUGGCCCCAGUGUCUUUCACCAACCCUUUUCUUGGUUAUGCGGGAAACGAGGCCAUGUCUGAAAAGAAGUUGCUGAGAGACGUCUUUAAGGAAGGUGAUGUAUAUUUCAACACUGGAGACCUGAUGCUCCAGGAUCACAGAGACUUUGUCUACUUCAAAGACAGGAUUGGAGACACAUUCAGAUGGAAAGGAGAGAAUGUGGCCACCACAGAGGUGUCAGACGUUUUAGGCUGUUUGCAUUUCCUGCAGGAAGCAAACGUCUACGGUGUUACUGUGCCAGGGUAUGAGGGAAGAGCUGGGAUGGCAGCUGUAGUUUUAAAAGAAGGCCAUGACCUGGAUGGAGAAAGCCUUUACAGUCAUUUGGUACAGAAUCUUCCUGCGUACUCCUGGCCCUGGUUUUUAAGAGUGCAGAUGUCCUUGGACAUGACCGAGACGUUUAAGCAGCAGAAGAAAAAGCUAGUGGAGGACGGAUUCUGCCCUCAGGCUGUUCAAGACUCUCUCUACUUCCUUGACAGCUGUAAGAAAACCUACGUCCCCCUGUCUCAGGGUGUGUAUGAUGACAUUAUCUCAGGCAAGAUAAGACUCUGAAUGCAUCUAGUCACAAAAGAAGGAUCAUGUACCUGAUUCUGGAUUGUAUGCACACUGCAACAUGGAAUUACCAUGUAAUUUUACUUUUUUGGUGACAUUGUUUAUACUGUCCAGGGUCUGAGUCUAAAGUUUUUUUUUUUAAUAAUAUAUUAACUUGAACAUUAAUGGCUGAUAAAGUGAUUAUCAGCAGUCUAUCUGGGAGUUAAUUCAGCAGCUUUAGGCAGGUCUCUUUUGACUCAAACAAACUGCUACAACUUUGUCUUUUUAAAAGUGAUUAUAUUUAACAAACGUGGUGCUGUGUACUAUGUAUUAUAUGUAAAUACAAAGAGCCCCAGUAAGGUUGAGUUUCUUAAUAUUCUUAAUGUUCCCAUUAGUGCCUUUUUUAUUACCACAGGCUUGAUGGUUUUCCAUAUUUCUUAUAGUGAAUUGGUGGUGGAAACAAACUAAUCUUUGUUACCAUGUGGAUCCCAGCUUGGCCAUAAUUUAUGCCCAAGUUGACUUUGGCUGCCAGAUGUACAGUGCAGUCUACAAGUAAUUGGACAGUGAAUCAAUGGCUAUGAGGUCAAAGUUCAGAAGUGCAAAGGUUUGGGUGAAUCAUAUAGGCAUUUAGCUUGUUCUUAGUAGCUGAGACGCUUAUGUUACACCUCAGAAUGUUCCACCCAUUUAUACAGUCACAUCAUGAGUAAAGACCAGUGAGCCAGUUUAGUUUCACUGGCAGCCCUACAGCCAUAUGCAAAAUAAGGAAACCCAUCCAGUAAACCAACUUUAAAUAUGACAUUGGCUGCAUAUUUUAGAGCACAAUUUCUAUGUAUAAAAUACUAGAAAAAAUGAAACGUGCCAUCAUUUUUGCCCAGGUUACAUUUUGUUUUUUAGUUUCAGCCAAUAAAGUGGACAUGUUAACUGAUUUUCACUAAGAAAAUCAACAAAGCAUGUAAUUUGAUCAGGGCUGUAUUUCACAAAGCAGGAUUUCUCAGUUUAGCUAGAUAACAUAAGUCCAAAGUCAAGCCUGUCCAGUAGGAAAAGAGCUGAGGAACAUUCCCAUUGGACAAUCCUCAUCUUUGGGUUUACGUUAUCUGGCUAACUGAGAAAUCCUGCUUUGUUGAAUGCCCCCCGAGGAGUGCCCAGACCUUUCCAUAUGGCAUUACCAGGUAUGUUUACUCUAAUCUCAUUGAUCUCAGAACUCAGGCUUUUCAAGCACUUUUUAGCAAACUGUAAUCUACAAGCUAAAAGUGUUUUUAAUAACAACAGUUUAUUUUUCCUUUCAAAUGCAGUGCUAAAAUAAUAAAACCAGUCACUGUCCAGUUACCUACAUAUUACACUUUGAAUUAAGUAGCUAGAGGUCAGUGACUAUAGUGCUAAAGUGUAAAUAUGAUUUGGGUGUAUUUGUGUGCUAGUAGGGGAUUUAGGAUAAGGGAAAACAUUUAAAUAAUAUUCUUUGAAAGUAUAUAUAGAGCAUAUUCUCCAAGUCCUCAAGUCCUCUGAUUUUACCGUACUUUUAUACUUGUAAAACUGGCUGAUUGGUGAGUUGUUCUGUAGUUGCCCUAUAUUUAUGGCAAAGAGCUGAAUUUUUGUGUACAUCUUAAUCUAAGUAUCUUUUUUUUCAAGUCAAGGCUUCUGCUGCCUUUCUUCAGUAUAUUCAGGGUAAGAAUUUCUUCUUGUGUUCUUCUUUUAUGAUAAAGAAAAUGUAUGAUACAUUUCCCCAAACUGUAUCAUUUUUUUUAAACUGCUGUACCUUUUGCUGCUAAAUUUGGAAGUUUGAAUUAUGAAAAUCUGGGCUUUGAUUUGUUGGGGUAAUGCGUCCCUUGAAUUCCUUUAAUUUCCUGUAUUUUACUUGUACAAGCAAGUGUAUAAAAAGAUUAAGGUUAUUUAAGGUUCAUAACAGACAAAUGUACUGUUCACUCAUCUCAUUAUUCAUUAUUCUCAGUAAGAGUGUUAAAAUAAAGUAGGCUUUAUCAGA